AUGAAAUUGAAUCAAUCAUCAUCAAAAAGCGAUAAACAAAUGCAACAACCAUUUUUUAACGGAUACAAUUCAACACAUCUUUGGUCAAUGCGUUUAGCUGAUGAAAAUUAUUUUCGUCUAGCACGUAUUUUACCAUGUCGUAUUGUCGAAUAUUCUCGUAAAGAAAAUAUUGAUACAUGUGAUUAUUCGUCAAAGAAUGAAUUUUCAAUACAAAAUACAUUAUUGACACAAAAAUGGUUUUAUGAACAUCAACAUCCAAUCAAUUGUACGAAUAAACGAUUUGCUAUUAUUCAAAAUUAUGCUUGGUCUGGUUUUGGAUCAACCGUUCAUCAAAUUGCAUGGGCAUUUGGUGCAGCAAUAGCAGAUAAUAGAAUUGCUGUGUAUAAAAUCCCAGGAAAUUGGCUUUAUGGAGAUUGUAAUUCAACAACACCAGAUUGUUUUUUUCUUCCUAUCACAAACUGUUCAAUUCCAUCCAAAGUUGAUGGUAAUCAAACAAUUACAAUCAAUGCUAAGUUUGGCCAUUGGUCUAAAUCAAUUAUUCCAUCUACAUUUCAAAAUCAAACUUUUAAUUGGUAUCGUGUACAAAUAAUAUUUUAUUUAAUUCGAUAUAAACCUGAAACAUUAGCUCAUGUACUGAAUGCCAUAUCAAAACAAUUUCAACCAUCUUCAAUCGAUCUUCAUCAUCCUUAUAUUGCUCUUUACGUACGUCGAUCAGAUAAAGUUAGAAAAAAAGAAAUGUCUCGAGCAUUUACACUUAAACAAUAUUUUGAUUUAUUUGAUGCUCAUGCUCGACAAGCGAAUAUAUCAACGAUUUAUAUUAAUUCUGAAGAUGAAAAAGUAUUCAAUGAAUUUAUUCAAAUCAAUAAAGAAAAACAAGGUUAUUAUAAAUUAUUAAAUCUAACAUUGCCAAGAAAUAUUGUUUUUGGGUCAUUAAUUCAUAUGACAAAACAACAACGUGGGAAAAUUGUAUUAGAAUUUCUUACUGAUUUAUUUAUUGAAGCUAACGCAGAUUUACAUGUCGGUACAUUAACAUCAAAUUGGUGUCGAUUAGUUGACGAAAUGCGACUUGCAUUAGGAAAAUUAAUACCUUUCUAUACACCUGAACAAAUAUACAGAGUAUAA